ACAAAACCACGGUGGCUACGUAAAAUGACAAGACAUGCUUGACAUGUUUGACAUUGGGAUAAGUGCCCGAUCGGCUUUCGGUCGGCAAAGUAGUUGGCGGAAUAUUUAUAAGUGUAAUAUAUUCUUAAGUGAUAAAUUAUUUUAGACAUGGCAGAACCAAAAGCUGACAUUGCCCUCAUUGGAUUGGCUGUGAUGGGCCAGAAUCUCAUCCUCAACAUGGAUUCUAAAGGAUUUGUAGUAUGUGCAUUUAACAGAACAGUUGCCAAGGUGGAUCAAUUUCUUGCUAAUGAAGCAAAAGGAACAAAAAUUAUUGGAGCUAAAUCCUUAGAAGAUAUGGUUGCAAAACUUAAAAAGCCAAGAAAAGUUGUCAUUUUGGUAAAAGCUGGGGCAGCAGUGGAUGAAUUUGUUACAAAACUGGUUCCACUAUUGGAGAAAGGUGAUAUAAUAAUAGAUGGUGGUAACUCUCAAUACAUGGACACACAGCGCUGGUGCAAAGAACUGAAGCCAACUGGGAUCCACUAUGUGGGAAUGGGUGUGAGUGGGGGGGAGGAUGGCGCACGGUACGGCCCGUCGUUGAUGCCCGGUGGCCACCUGGCCGCCUGGCCCCACGUCAAACCAAUAUUCCAGGCUAUCUGCGCUAAGGCGAACAACGAGCCCUGCUGUGACUGGGUGGGCGAGGACGGCGCCGGCCAUUUCGUGAAGAUGGUGCACAACGGCAUCGAGUAUGGCGACAUGCAACUCAUCUGUGAAGCCUACCAUCUUAUGAAAGACGUUUUAGAUAUGGAUCAAGGUGAAAUGGCGCGUGUAUUUGAAGAAUGGAACAAAGGCGAAUUAGACUCGUUCCUUAUUGAAAUCACAAGAGAUAUUCUUAAUUUCAAGGAUACCGAUGGUAAAUACUUGCUGCCGAAGAUCCGCGACUGCGCGGGCCAGAAGGGCACGGGCAAGUGGACGGGCAUCAGCGCGCUCGAGUACGGCGUGCCGGUCACUCUCAUCGGCGAGGCCGUGUUCGCGCGCUGCUUGUCCGCGCUCAAAGAGGAGCGAGUGAAGGCGAGCGGCGUGCUGCCCGGCGCGUCGGGCACGUUUACGGGCGACAAGAAGGCGUUCCUGGAGCACCUGCGCAAAGCGCUGUACGCCAGCAAGAUCAUCUCGUACGCGCAAGGGUUCAUGCUGCUUCGUGAAACCGCCAAGGUGCAUCAAUGGAACCUGAACUAUGGUAGCAUCGCACUCAUGUGGCGCGGAGGCUGCAUCAUCAGGAGCGUGUUCCUCGGCAAUAUCAAGGACGCGUUCACGAAGAACCCUCAGCUGUCUAACCUGCUGCUGGACCCGUACUUCACGAAGCACAUCGGCGCGUCGCAGGAGUCGCUGCGGCAGGUAGUGGCGCAGAGCGCGCUGCUGGGCGUGCCCGCGCCGGCCUUCGGCGCCGCACUUGCCUUCUACGACGGCUACCGCGCCGGCGUCUUGCCCGCUAACCUGCUACAGGCCCAGAGAGACUAUUUUGGCGCGCACACCUAUGAACUGGCCACGAAGCCGGGCGAGUUCGUUCACACCAACUGGACCGGCCACGGCGGCAACGUGUCCGCGUCUACCUACAGCACGUAGACAUGCAUAGGGACUUCACACUAUGGUGGUAUUCAGAUGUACAGUAAAUAGAGAUUCAGCAUUUUGAGAAAUAUUUGUCUGAUUCAUAUAUUUUUAUACCUACUUAUAUGUAUAAAACUAAAAAAAAGUCAAAACUUAAUUUUGAAAAUGUUCGUAUAAAAGUAACUUUAACUUGUGAAAGGUAUUAAUUUAUAUCAUGAUAUUCAUAAUGUUGUAAUCUCGAUUAUUUAAUACACAAACACCUAAAUCCUCAGUUUCCUCUAAGUAUCAUAGAAUACCACUUUAAUUCAGCACACUCCAUUUCUAUUUGCUUUUAAAACUCUUAGGACAGCGGAAAUGUAUUUUUAAGUCAAGUGCAUUUAUUUGACGAUAGCAGAAAGUAUGUUGUACUAUAAAUAAAAAAACUAUCACUGUAUUUCCAUUGCCCCCAAAAAUUACAUUACAAUCUUAAACGAUUGCUUUGACUAAUCUUUUUUGAUAGUUUUUACUGCUUUUUUCCCUGGGGUGUGGCGAUAACAGCAAAGUUAUUAAUUUUGGAUACAUUCGAUUUUACAUAUUGAGAGUAAUCCGUGUUAGUGUUGCAUGUUGGCAUUGAAUGAAAACACAACAUAUGUUUUUAAGUUUAACACAUAUUUAUGUGUGAUUUUAAAUAUAUUUGAAACUUUAUUUAAUUUAUUUAUUACAAUCAUUCCUACUAAUAACAUUCCUCUAUCACUCAUAAACUGAAGACAACAUCACAUUUCUGUAAAUAUGGUGAAUGGUAAAUUAUGGGCCAAAACGUAAAAUGUUAUUGUGAAACUUACUGCGUCAUGAGACUCAUAAGUGAUAUAGUGCUUCCAAUAUAAUGUUUUUUUAAAUAAAUAUAUAUUAAAAA